AUGGUAUCUUUCUUACACAAACCGAGCUUGUCCUUCAACAAGCGCAAAGUCACAACAUUUUGGCAGGUUCGGUCACGACACAAUUUUAAAUUAUUUCUGCAGGAGCUGCUUGCCUUAGAGGUGCGCUUAAGCGUUUACGUCACCAUACAUUAUGUACAACCAAAGAACAAGCGCUUACAAGACGCUUUGCAAUCGAAACCUGAUCGAAUAUGCCACCACUAUCCAGGAAUAUUGCAUGUGAUCAAAGCCGCAGCAAUUGGGAUCCAUAUGUUCCAUGAAGACCAAUUCUUUGGUCUUGAAAGCUGGCAAUAG